AUGGACGACUCUCAAACAGCCGAGGAGAUUGCUCUCGAGACACCGGUUUCGGACGUCUUUAUUCCCCCAUCUAUUAACGAGAAGGCCAUCCUCUCAGGCGCUUCCUACACAUACUUCUCCCCGGUUCCUCCGGCACUCCUUCCGCCAUCCUCAUCACCAACAACCUCACAAACAGCGGUAUCCGGAACCCCGGUCUGCCUCGGCGUCGACGAGGCCGGCCGCGGCCCCGUCCUGGGGCCGAUGGUCUACGGCGUCUUCUACCUCCCCAUUCCCCUCUCCGACCCCCUGCUCCGCGAAACCCACCAUUUCGACGACUCCAAGGUGCUCACACCGGCCGUCCGGUCCCAGUUGAUGACCGCCCUCUGCACCGCCGGCUCGGACCUGGCCGAGUCCUGCGGGUUCGCCAUCUCAGCGCUGAGCGCCCGCGACAUCUCGUCCGGCAUGAUGCGCCCCGGCGCCAACUACAACCUCAACGCCCAGGCCAUGGACGCCACCGUGGAACUGAUCAAGGGCGUCUUCGCCCAGGGCGUCAACGUUCAGGAGAUCUACGUCGACACCGUCGGCCAACCGGCCGCAUACCAGGCCAAGCUCCAACGCUUCUUUCCGGCCACCAAGAUCACCGUCGAGAAGAAGGCAGACAGCCUGUACCCCUGUGUGUCCGCCGCUUCCGUCUGCGCCAAGGUCUCUCGCGAUGCCGCGCUGGAGGUGCUCUACAAGGCACGAGCCCCCGAGUCGGCAGAGGAGGGCAUGGCUUGGGGCUCGGGGUACCCGUCAGACGGGCGGUGUGUGUCGUGGAUGAGGUCCAACAUGCACCCCGUCUUUGGAUGGGGCCCCGAGUGUCGCUUCAGCUGGGGCACCGCCAAGGACAUGCUGGACGGGAAGGGCGCCCUCAAGGUGGACUGGCCCGUCGAGGACGACGGCGACACGGCGCGCAUGACAGACUUUUUCACGUCCGGGGAUCGCGAACAAGACGGCGAUGAGCUGGGGACGUGGUUCGGGCGCCCGGCUGGCCUGGAGGCGUUCUAA